AUGGCAUCAAACAGCGAGAACUUAAAAGCAGUUGAGAUGAAUACUACGGCCUUAACAAAUGAUUAUUACCACCCUUUAGAAUACCACUGGAACUUAUGGGUAUUUACGAACGAUAAAGAGGACUGGGAAGAAAAUUUAGUUUGUGCAGCGGAUUUCGGAACCGUUGAAGAUUUUUGGAGUAUUAUUCACCACAUAAAGAGGCCUUCUGAGAUGAAAUCAGGGCAGGAUUAUUUAAUGUUCAAAAAGGGCAUACAACCAAAGUGGGAACAUCCAGCUAAUAAGAAUGGAGGAAGGUGGAUUAUCAAUGUAGAAAAAAAAAAUCUAAGCCGUUUAGACGAGGUGUGGUUGCUUUUGUUACUUUUGAUGAUCGGUGAAAAUCUGCCUCACGGAGAUAUAAUAUGUGGAGCAGUGGUCAAUAUUCGAUCUAAGUGUAAAAUUGGUCUAUGGUUGGGAGAUGGAGCGAAUCAAAAGAAAGUUAGAGAAAUCGGCAGGGUCUUGAAAGAUAAUAUUGAAUCUCAUAAUAUAGGCAGAAUAAACUUUCAUUUGCAUAUGAAAAAUGUUAAUAUGAUUACUAUGUAA